GUACCUCACGAACCCCCCUGUCCUAUCUAUAAUGGUACGGUCCCCUGGACUGUCAACUUGAAGUUGCACAUUUCAAGGGCAAUUGCAAUUAUUCACCAAUCUGCUGUGUGCUGCUAAAGAACCAGAGGAAACAUGCUGUGUAGAGUUGGGAAAAUACGCAGGUGUGCUGCCAGCCUCAGCCAAAGCAUAAAUCUGAUAGCUGCAUCAAGGCAGAAGCACACACUCCCUGAUCUGACCUACGACUAUGGAGCCUUGGAGCCUCAUAUCAGUGCAGAGAUUAUGCAGCUUCACCACAGCAAGCAUCACGCCACAUAUGUUAACAACCUUAAUGUUACAGAGGAGAAAUAUCAAGAGGCUCUUGCAAAGGGAGAUGUGACUGCACAAGUUGCACUUCAGCCUGCUUUGAAGUUUAAUGGAGGAGGUCACGUUAACCACACUAUCUUUUGGACAAAUCUCUCCCCAAAUGGUGGAGGUGAGCCUCAAGGGGAGCUAAUGGAGGCCAUCAAACGGGACUUUGGCUCCUUCCAGAAGUUAAAGGAGAAGAUGGCGGCUGUUACCGUUGCAGUACAGGGCUCAGGCUGGGGAUGGCUUGGUUAUGACAAGGACAGCGGGCGACUUCGGAUUGCUGCUUGUGCUAACCAGGAUCCCCUGCAGGGGACAACAGGGCUCAUCCCUCUCCUUGGCAUUGAUGUCUGGGAACAUGCCUACUAUCUCCAGUACAAGAACGUGCGCCCUGAUUAUGUGAAGGCUAUCUGGAAUGUGAUCAACUGGGAGAAUGUCCACGAGCGAUUGCAGGUUGCCAAAAAGUAGAGGAAUCACAGCACCUUGUAUCAAUAUCUGGAUCAAACGGUAGAUGCAAAUAAUUGCCUCAAAUAAACAGCCCUGACAUUCAAACACUCGGUUUUAACUCAGAGAUUGGUUGUAGCAUUAAUGGAAAAAGUAAAUCCAAUGUGUUUUGCUGUUUAAAACAAUUCAUCCUUUAAAUAAGAAAAGACAUGUUAAAAUCAAAGCGAAAAGCCAAGACGUCUGCAAAUACAAACCCCCAGACUUGUCGAAGCGCACAAUAAAUGGUCCUCAUUGGACAUAGAAGCUGUCUUUUGUUAUUCACACCCAUGUAAAUGGUGCCUAGGGGUUGUAUACUCAGAGGAACAUCUUUGUCUAACACAAGGAUCCUACAAUGUAAUGACUGUCCAUGUUUUUGAUGUAAUAUAAUAAAGUAAUAUUUCAGUUGUAAAAGCUUGAAA